AAUAAUUCGCACGUACACAUUCACCGAAUACAAAAACGAAAAUGGCAGGCGAUAAUGAAAUAAUUGUACAUGAAAGUAAUGAGAAUAAGGAAAAUACAAGUGACAUCGGCGGCGCGCUCGACAGGGUUAUCGAGCAUGUUGGCGAGCUGGGCUUGUAUCAGCGCCUGCUGUUCAUAUGCAUGCUGCCGUUCGGCAUGGUGUGGGCCUUCGCCUAUAUGGGGCAAAUAUUCAUCACCGCCACCCCACAGGAGCACUGGUGCAGAGUGCCGGAGUUGGCAGGCCUUAGCGUGGAACUUAGACGAACCCUCUCCAUUCCCGGAGCGGUAGAAGGCGACUACGAUCACUGUCGGAUGUACGCCGCUAACUGGACGCAGGUGCUACAAACCCUGAUACCGCCGGAACCCGGCACACCCACAGUGCCCUGUCAGCACGGCUGGGAGUUUCUCUUCGAUGACAUACCCUACUCAACUGUUGUUAACGAGAGGGAAUGGGUGUGCGAUCGGGCGAGCAAUGUGCCGUGGUCUCAGACGAUAAACUUCGUCGGCUCCAUCUUCGGCGGUAUUAUCUGCGGCACGUUAGCAGACAAGUAUGGACGACUACCUGUUUUAAUUUUCGCUAACAUCGUUGGCUGUCUGGGCGGUGUGGCGACCAUGUUUACGAACGGUUUCUGGGACUUCUCGAUGUGUCGUUUUAUAGUCGGCAUGUCCUGUGACAGCUGCUUCAUGAUCAUAUAUAUCCUGGUAUUGGAAUACGUAGGUACUCGGUACCGAACCUUAAUAGCUAACAUGUCAAUAGCAUUGUUCUUCGGUGGCGGCUGCCUUUUGCUGCCGUGGCUGGCGCUGUGGAUCUCCGACUGGCGAUACUUCGUACUGGCCACCUCGCUGCCCAUGCUAUUAGCCGUGUUUACGCCUCUUAUAGUGCCGGAGAGUGCUAGGUGGCUAGUGUCUAAGGGUAGAGUGGACGAUGCGGUAAAGAUUUUGAAAAGAUUCGAAAGAUUAAACCAGACUAAGAUACCACAGCAAGUGAUGGAUGAUUUCAUUUUUGCUGGGAUAACUAACAACGAAAAGGAAGACAACAUUUUCACGCUACUAAGGACAUCGUCUCUUCGUAAGAUGCUGGCUCUUUUGGUGAUCACCUUUAUGGCGGUGGCGGUGAUAUUUGACGGAAUCAUUCGUAUGUCGGAGAACCUCGGCCUUGACCUCUUUAUCACUUUCGCCGUCACCUCCGCCUCGGAGAUACCAUCUAUCGGUAUACUGGUGUUUUUAUUAGACAGAUUUGGUCGACGAAAACUAGUUUUUGCUCCAAUAAUGGUAUCAGGCAUUUUGUCUCUAAUAACUGCCUUCCUUCCUCGCGGCGUGGUGACAGUUGCAAUGGCGACGUUGGCGCGGUUCUUCAUAAACAUGGCGUACGGCGCCAUCAUCCAGUGGACGCCCGAGCUGCUGCCGACGGCGACACGCGCCUCCGGAGCCUCGCUCGUGCAUAUCAGCGCCUUUGCGGGGCUUGUUGUCUCCCCUUUCAUUGUAUAUUCGGAACGUGCUUGGGAAGGUCUCCCGUUGAUCAUCAUCGCAGUGCUGGCGGUGAUGUCUGGCGCCACGGCAUUGUUUCUGCCGGAGACAGCGGGUCGCAGCAUGCCGCAGACUAUGGAGGAUUGGCACCAGCUUGCGGCCACCUCCCGUUGUCACCAGAAACAAAGAGACACCGAGGCGUCUUCUGGUGUGCCGGUGAGCAGUUGACACUUGUCCACGGAUCUCUUUCAUGUGCUUUCUACUUCAAUCUACUAUACAAUAAAAGGAGUAAUAAUUUCGAAUUUUGAUGUUUUAUUUGA